GCAAACAGCAGCUGCCCGAGCGUCCUUGGGGCUGGGGGGGACGGCCGGUGAGCGGGCGCUCAGCGCGGCGGCGGGUCAGCCCGGUUCACCCCGCCGGGACGGCAGCGAGGGGGACAAGAUGGCAGGGCCGGAUGGGACCGUGUGGGUGCUGGCGCUGGCGCUGCGCCUGCUGCUGCCCUGCGCCGGGCAGGAUCACCGGGAGGAGGCCGAGCGCAUCAUGACGACCACGCCGGUCAUCGACGGGCACAACGACCUGCCCUGGCAGCUCCUCACGAGGUUCAACAACCAGCUGGGGCUGCCCGAGGCCAACCUCAUGCUGCUGAACGGCACCCACACCAACAUCCCCAAACUGCGGCGCGGGCACGUGGGCGGGCAGUUCUGGUCGGCGUACGUGCCCUGCGACACGCAGAACAAGGACGCGGUGAGGCGCACGCUGGAGCAGAUCGACGUGGUGCACCGCAUGUGCGAGCUCUACCCCGAGGCCUUCGCCUGCGUCGUCGACAGCGCCGGCAUCCAGCAAGCUUUCCAGAGCAAGAAGGUGGCCAGCCUCAUCGGGGUGGAGGGCGGCCACUCCAUCGACAGCAGCUUGGGCGUCCUCCGCACCUUCUACCGCCUGGGCGUCCGCUACAUGACCCUCACCCACAGCUGCAACACCCCCUGGGCUGACAACUGGCUGGUGGACACGGGGGAUGAGCCACCCCUGCACCACGGCCUCUCGCCCUUCGGGAAGAGCGUGCUGGAGGAGAUGAACCGCCUGGGCAUGAUCGUGGACCUGGCCCACGUCUCGGUGGAGACGAUGAAGGUGGUGCUGAGCCUCUCCAAAGCCCCCGUCAUCUUCAGCCACUCGUCCGCCUACAGACUCUGCCCGCACCGCCGCAACGUGCCGGAUGAUGUGCUGAGGAUGGUGGCCUCCACGGGCAGCCUGGUGAUGGUGAACUUCUACAACGCCUACGUGACGUGCAAGGACACGGCCACGCUGAGCGACGUCGCGGACCACAUGGACCACGUGAAGAAGGUGGCCGGCGCCCAGUUUGUCGGCUUCGGCGGGGACUAUGACGGGGUCCCAGGGGUCCCCACCGGUCUGGAGGAUGUGUCCACGUACCCCGCGCUGGUGGCUGAGCUGCUGGCGAGGAACUGGACGGAGGCGGAGGUGAAGGCGGCCCUGGCCGAAAACCUGCUCCGUGUCUUCAGGAAGGUGGAGGAGGUGAGGACCAGCCUGCGCGGCACGGCGCCCCGCGAGACGCCCAUCGCCUUCCACGCGCUGGAGGGGACGUGCAGGACCGGCUACGGCUACACCAACGGCGCCGGCACAGCCCGGCUCCCCCCGGCAGCCCCGGCGCUGGCGCUGGCCCUGCUCGGCGCCCUGCUCCCCUAGCACCCAGCCCCUGCUCCCACCGCAGCCCCAGCACCCCGACCGGUGGGAUGCUGGUGGCUAGCCCGGUGGCUACCGGCCUGGGCCUGCGCGUCGGCCCCGUGAGCGAAAUAAAGCCGCGCUUCGAGCACCGCGCGUCCGCACCGGGGCCCCAUGGGGACCCCCAGCACCGUUGCCCUGCUCCCAGCCGGAGGCCACGAGCCACCUCGGCAUGUCACCAGCCACCCUGCUAGCCACCCCAGCACCCUGCUAGCCCCCCCGGCAGGGCAGAGCCCUAGGGACCCCGUGGGCACCCAGCCUGGGGCACCGGGAAGCCGUCACCGCACCGGGAGUGACGCAUCGCUGCAACACACGGCCCAGGGUGGCUGUAGGGCUGCCUCCGCAGGAUGCUUACAUUAAUCAUUAGCUAAUUAAUCGGCUACUCAAUUAUCUUCUUAGCAAUUUCCUCUCACAUUUGAGAACAGCCUGUCUUCGGAGCGGAGGCGGCUCCGGGAAAACAGGCAGGAGAGGGAGAGAGCCAUCUUCCUGUGGCAUUCGUAAAUUGGCUGAGGCACCGAGCCACGGCUCCGCUCCCCUUCGCUCCUUCCUCCUCCUCCUCCUCACGGCAGCCCCGGGGCACCAAACCCUCUGGCCCAAGCAGGGGAUGGGGCACGGCCCGUCGCGCCGUGGCUCAGGCAGAGGGGAACCACAGCCCCCCCCAAACCCCUCCGCUGUGUCUGAGCCUCGCAAACAGCACGAUGGAUGUUCAGGGAUUGUUUAUUUAAAAUAGCAGAAGGUAACCAACCGGGGCUGGAGAAGAAGAAAAAGGCAAAUGAGACAAGCUUUAAAAAAAAAAAAAACAACCCACAAAUGAAACCACAGAGAAACAUCACGCUGAGAGAAGGAGCAUUUCCAGGGGCAGGGGCUCCCUGGGCCACGUCCCGGCCCCCAGCCCCACGGGUGGCAGCCACGCAGGGCCAGGCUGCCCGGCCCCGUGGGGAGCAGGCGCUGCUGGCAGCUCCGGUGGCAUUUCCACCCCACGGUGCAGGCACAAGUCUCCGGGGAAGCUCCCACUUUCUGUCCCGUCCCAGAUCCAACGCUCCACCCUGUGCAAGCGACUUGGUAGCCCCGAAGUCACCUCCUCCUCCUCCUCGUCCCACGCCCCGCGCCCCCACCGCAGCACGCCUCGGGGAGGAAGGCUCUGUCGGGUCACUGCACACGCGCUGCCGAGGCUGCAGAACUCAGAAUAAAUAAUCAAAACGGUGAAAAA